GGCACCAAUCAUCCAUCCAUAACCACAGUGUAAAGGCCACUGGCCACGCCAUUGUCCGUAUUCCGUAUUCGUUCGGUUAAAACGCUAGAGUGACGCGUAAAAUUCAGUCCCAAAAAUCUUGCAUUAAACGCAAAAUAAUAAAAUCGAAAGUCUCAUACAUCUGGCGGAAUAGAAUAUUCAAUGGUAUUGAAAAAAUUGUGAACUCUGCUUCUUUUUUUCCCCGGAAAGAACGACAAAUUUUUACGUCUAUCGGAUAUUAAAAAAUAACAAACUCCACGAGAAAUUUGGUGAAUGAAUUGAGGAAAAAAAAAAGAAAAAACAAUGUACAGCGGCGGUAUAGAUCCAUGGGAGCCGGGCUAUGGUCCAGAGAGACGAACGUCGCACAACAUGGAUUAUACGGACUACCGUAGCAAUGAUUACCGCAACAGUAGGUCACCGGAUUACCCGGAUCAUCGAGAGAGAGAUCAUCGAAGUCCCGAGUAUAGGAACCAUCGUGGCAGAGACAGAGAUCGUGAGAGGGAUCGUUCGCGCGAGCGACGAGACAGAAGUCGGGAAGAUCGCGAUCGCAGCUAUCAUCGAGAUCGCGAAGAUCGUUAUAGUCGUCGCGGAGGGGAUCGUGGCGGGGGUGGAUGCGAUAGGGACUCGUCAGAGCGUGAGAGAGAUCGCGAUCGUGAGAGGGAUCGUGAGAGAGAUCGCGAGCGCUCUAGGCGCGACAGAGAUCGCGAUCGCGACCGGGACCGUCGUGGCAAACGGGGAGGAGACGAUCGUGAUCGCGAUCGCGACGAUGACCACAGCCGCGAAAGUUUCGAUUUCGAUCAUGACCAUGGACGUGGCUAUGGCUCUUCCAUGGAAGGAGUACAUUAUAAAUCGCAAUCGCCCAACAACACAAUCAUGAUUCGGGGACUGGCUCAACACAUCACCGAGAAUGACGUGCGUCAAGAUAUUCUCAACUGUGGCCUAAUGCCCAAGGACAUCAGGCUCAUACGGAAAAAAGACACAGGUGCUUCGCGAGGUUUUGCAUUCGUCGAGUUUAACGCGACUCAGGAGGCCGCACGGUGGAUGGAGAUGAAACAGGGCGUACUGAUGCUCCAGGACCAAUAUCGGGCUCUUAUGCAGUACAGUAUACCGAAGGAUUGCCAUAUCGAUAAACCACCGACAAAAAAUACUCAAGAUUGGCAUUGCGUCAAGUGCGGUGCUCACAAUUUUAAACGGCGGGAGACUUGUUUCAAGUGUUCGGCCUCGAGAGCCGAGAGCGAGGAGGGUGGCGAGGGUAGCGACGAGAUCAGUCCUCAUCCUACGAACACGGUGUUACUGCGAGGUUUGGACGUUCUUACGACCGAGGAUUCGGUGCUUCAGGCGAUGAACAAUUCUUCGACGAUGCCAAUACGGAGUAUUCGAAUUGGUCGUGAUACGCUAACGAAUACGUCGCGCGGAGUUUGUUAUCUCGAGAUGGGCAACGUUGUUGAUGCGAUGUAUCUUCAUACAGCACUGACAAAGCAAGGCCUCGCCGUGGAUGGUCGUAAGGUCGAAAUAACUUACUGUAAGCUUCAUCAAAUCAACAAUUCAGGUGGAGGAUGGAAGAACAACGAAAAUCAGUCGGAUCGUUAUACUCUCGACGACGUGGCACAGUUGGCUGAAUACAGUGCUAACAUGUACGCAAAUACUCCCGCCCAAAAAGCACACUACCUUCAAUAUUAUACUCAGUAUUAUCAGAAUCAGAUAAUGCAAGGAACCGCCAUCACCUUACCCUCGCUCAAUCAAACUGAUCGCGUUAAUGCGGCCGCGGCUGUUGCCCAAUCCGCUAUACAACAGUUACAUGCUUCCCGAAAACUAGGAGAUGCCGAGGAAAUGAAAGGUCGUCCCACGCCUACCGCUCCUAGCAGCACUAGUUUGGCAAGCGGUCGAGUUCCCGCCCAUGCCAGCGAUGGAAAAGUUUAUUCUGUACCCGAUGUCAGCACAUAUCAUUAUGAUGAAUCCUCGGGCUACUAUUACGAUCCAAGCACUGGUCUCUAUUACGAUCCCAAUUCUCAAUAUUAUUACAACAGUCAUACACAACAGUUCCUAUAUUGGGACGCCGAGUCGUUGUCCUAUCAACCAGCCAAGACGAACGUUACCGGUACGCAAACAGCCGCAGUCGGAACACCAGCAACGGUAGCAACAGUAACAUUAGCGAUUCCAGGAACAUCGUUGAGUGGCGGAAAUGGCUGUACAGCGACGGCCGAGAAUCUGAGCGGAAUAAAUCAAACGAAUGCUUCAACGACAUCAGUGUUAUCGAAUGUUAGCCAAGAAGUAAGUAAAGAAGAUGAAAGCAAGAAUAAAAAACAGGACAAUAAACAGGACAAAGUGAAGGUAGCGAAAAAAAUAGCCAAAGACAUGGAACGUUGGGCAAAAACGUUGAAUCAAAAGAAAGAGAACGCAAAGAGUACGUGGAGCUCGGAGUUUACGGGAUCGGAGGGACAACAUCAGGGUUCGAUGAGCGGAGCCGCGGAUGCGGGUUACGCGAUACUUGAGAAAAAAACGGUCGCGAACCCGUAUCACGACGAGGAAGAUCCGUCGGGUAACAACGGCUUAGUCGCGGCUUAUGGAGGCGGCAGCGAUACCGAGGAAGAGAUCGAAGAUGUUCAACAAGAGGAUCGUCAACACACCGAUUGGAGCAAACUCGCCUGUUUACUCUGCAAACGUCAAUUUCCCAGCAAAGAAGCCCUUCUCCGGCAUCAGCAGUUGUCCGAUUUGCAUAAACAAAAUCUCGAAAAUUGGUACCAAGUGCGUGGCUUGGAUCCCAACGAUCCGCAACAGAGGAACAACAAAUAUCGGGACCGCGCGAAAGAGAGAAGAGCCAAGUACGGCGAACCUGAACCACCGCAACCCAACAAGCUGAAAGAAAAAUAUUUGAAAACGCGAGUCGACGAAACUCCGGUUAAUUACGAAGAACCUACGAAAGCUGGCAUUGGUUCCGACAAUGUUGGCAAUAAAUUGUUACAAAAAAUGGGGUGGAGCGAAGGCAUGGGUUUGGGCAAAAGUAAUCAAGGCAGAACCAGCAUUAUUGAAGCCGAAAGACGCGUUCCGACAGCUGGUUUGGGCGCCAAAUCUGCGUCCUACAGCGCUUUACCCGGUGAUACGUAUAAAGAUUGCGUUAAAAAAAUGAUGUACGCGCGCUAUCAAGAACUCUCAGACACGUAAUACGCACGUCCCCCCUCCUCCCGUCUUCGAACAAAACGAACUUGUCUUAACGGACGAAAAACAAGGGAACGAGAGCGAUGUCGAUGUUUUUUUUUUACAAUUAAUUAUACAUAUUUCUAAUUCGUAUUUUCCAAUAGGUUGUAUAAUUGUUGUACAUUGUAUAGGUACGAGAGAUCCUUUUUCAAACUGUUGGGAAAUUAGAGAAAAAAAAAAUAAAUGCCGUACAAAACUCGUAAUAAUUUUCGGAAUAUACGAUUAUUCUUUAACGGCUGCCAAUCGUGUUUCUCUUCGUUUUGAACCCGAUCACAAAUAUCUAAUAAGCGUUAUAAAUUAUUUUACACAAAUCGUAAUUCACUAGUUGUCAAUAGUUUUAUAGGAGAAAUUGUUAUGCCAAAAUAGUCGAUAACUUUUCCGCUAAAAACUCGGACUGUUCAAAAAAAAAAAAAAAAAUAACUCGUUAUGUAAAUCGCGACUAUGUUUUAUUCAUAUUCUCAGUUAUCGGGAACUGAGAUUUUAUACGAUUAAAAAACAAAAAAAAACAAAAAUAGCGUUGAAACUGUUACGAAAAAUUUGUCUACCACUUGGCUCGAUGGGUUCGAAAAAAACCUAAUAAAGAAUCAUACAUUCUAGUAUUAAGAAAUCUGUAUUGAAGAAUUUGUUGUAUUUUUUUUUCUCAUGGUCUCGCCGUUUGAAUUAGCGCGCAGCAGAUGCGUCUAGGAAUUGAACGGUAUUGCUUCGAUGUAACGAAUAAAGGAAAAAUUACAUUUGUUCAAACGCAACAAAGCAGACUCGAUGCUCAGGUGGAAGCUUUCACUUGCAAAAAAAAUUGUAUCUACUUAUUUAUACAAGUGAGAAGAAAAAAUAAUUAUUCACAAUUGAACAAAUAUUACUACUGCGAAAUAGAUGAUUGUUCAACAAAUAAAUUUUCAGCACAAAAGUAUACUUUUAAUCGAUCAAUUGGAAAUCCGAACGAAACCAAUUUUCUACAAAUACGCAAUGUGUUUAUUUCGUUCCAUACAGAUGAUGGAAUUAUUACAAAUUGAAGAAAAAUAUUGAUUAUGCGGCAAAUGAAUGUAAGAUAGCUUAGAUGAGCUAAGCUCCAAUCAUGAUAUAUAUAUUCGUUUGUUUUUUAAUUACUAGACGCAUCUGCCAAGGGAAUAAUGCUAAACAGUGUAACGUACGCCAAUGCUGUCGCUUCAAAUGAUGAGGCCUAAAUGGGUCGAUGAAACGUUAGAAGAGGAGAUGAAUGAAAAGAAAAAAGUUUUCGUGCAACGUUACAGCAACGAAAAUAAUAGUUCGUAGCCGCUAUAACUGCGAACUACGAGUAAUUGAAAUAAAAUUAUAUAUUAAUCGAUUAAAAAUGCACUUCGAUAGACAAGGCAAAUCACUGUAACUCGAGUUUCAAAAGAAAAGAGGCAUCACAAUAUCGUGCGUUUCCUCGAUGAAAUCUUACGAUCAUCGAUGUUUAAUGCUUAUUUGUUUGUGUUAUAAAAAUCCACAUCGAUAUAGAUAAUAUUUAUUGUAUCCGUCGAUUAACACCAACGAACCGUCUUUUACAAAAUUCGUAAUUAUUUUCUUCCUCUUCUUAACAGCAUACAAUUUUACACGAAACAUCCUCAUUAAAUAUACACAAUAUGCAUAGUGAUUAAUAUUAUACGUAUGUCAUCACUGUGACAACAAUAAUUAUCAUUAUUAUUAUUAUUAUUAUUAUUAUUUUCUUUCUUUAUUAUUAUUAUUAUUAUUAUUAAUAAUAAUUUGCUUUCGUUUGAUACGCACUUUUAGACGCAUAACGCGUAUCGUUGGUAAAAUGAGAAGUCGAGACAGAUUUUAAUUGGGGAGAGGAGGUGAUUUUCAAUGUGAUUUUUUGUUUUCUUUUUUCUAUGAAACGAGAGGAAAAUCAUCAUUAUGGGAUUCGCGUAUUAGAGGAUUUUAAAAAAAGAAAGUACAGAUGAAAAAACAUGCAUGUUCCGCGCACGGCUCGUACAAAACCUUACGACUUGUUGAUACUACUAUAACUAGCUUUGAAUGAUCGUUCAGAGAUUUCUUGAUGCGACGCCACUAUUGAUCAAGAAAUUUGACGUUUGACCGCGGUCCGUUUUGUAUUUAAAGCGUCAAAAUCAUUUUGAGACAUCGAAAGCUUCGGAACGAGAUGCCGAAAAAUAGGUUUUUGUCGUCAUUUCCACAAUUAUGUAACAGCUUACGUUGCUUCAGCAUAUAAUUUUAGGCAACCAUUUGAUAAAUAAAUAAAAUACGAUCAAGCGGCUGCUACAGACAAAUUAGAUCGCCAUUGUUACGAGUACACUUUUAAUAUCUGAAUUAAACAUGAAAUGAAGUAAACAUUAUUCGUACAAAAAGUCUAUUCCCUCUCUUUCGAAACAACGAGUUUUCCUCAUAAUUGCGUCGUGGCAUCGUAACGUAGUUUCGUAUGAUAUUGUUAAAAAAAAAAAAAAAAAAAAACAGCGAGGUAUCAUGUAUUUUCGUCGGUAGCGAGCUAAUGAUAUUUGUAAUUCGAAGAAAAUCACAAAUCGAAACAACCAUAUAAGAAAGUCUCUGCUCGUGAAUUUUGAUUUUUGUAAGAGUUGAUAAGAAAUCAUUUUGAAUCGUACAGUUCACGCAUUGUCACGAUACAUGAUAAUUUGAGAAUUAAAAAUCAUGGAAUUUGAAGUGUGAAAGCGGUUUACCAUGGAUUUUAUCUUUUAUUUGCUUAGCUCUUAAUAUUUAUUCGAGACGUUGCCUUUAAUAGAGUUUCCGAUGCCUGCGAAAAAGCCAAGUAAAAUUGCUGCAUGCGUAUAUCGUGCGAGCUAAAAUAAAUUAAGCUUCGGUGAGUAUCGCGAUAAGUAUAACAAUAAUUGAACAAUGUUUACAACCUAAUUUAUAUGUAGUUCUCAUUACGCAUUUAUACAUACACUGACUUAAAAAAUAAAUGGGAUAUUGAAAAAUCACAA